AUGUCGGAUGUGAAUGCGAUAGAUGAAAACGAGCGAGAGCAGCUGGAAGAGUGUGAAGAAGUAGAUAACACUGCAUUAGCCGCCAUGGUCUUCAUCUUAGGCACCAGUUUUCCCGAGCGACAGCUCGUUAGAAAAGCUCUGCGCUCAUUUUUCGGCAUCGGCGAGCUGCGAUGCAACCAGCUGAUGGCUCGAUUCCAUAUCCAUCCCACUUCGACCGUCGGUGAACUGGCAACUAGACAGGUCCUGGAUUUGACUGGUGCAUUGUCAAACAUGAAGAUCGAAAACGACUUGAAGCGAGAGAUUCUCGAUAAUAUCAAGAGACUGAAGACUACUGGAACAUACCGAGGAAGAAGACAUGCUCUCAACCUUCCCGUUAGAGGACAGAACACCAGAAGCCAGAUCAAAAAUGCUAUCAAAUUCAACCGCAUUGACAGAAAACUAUGA